AUGGGUGCUUUGUUCCGUUGGACCUCUCCGCCAUCAAUAAUUUCGCUUUUGUCGAUCUGCUUAUUGAGUUUCAGUGUGAAGGCCGUCUUCUUUCCAGAUCACGAUCUAUCCUCUCUCCCGAAACCAGAGUAUGAUUUAUACAAAAAAGCACGUAUGGAUUCUUUCGUUGAAGUGACGGCUAGUGCUCCCCCUCAUCAACGCCCUACUUUAGGCGACUUGACCCAGCUCGUUACCGGAAACAGAGACCCCAAUGAAGUGUCCCCGAUCAAAGAGGAUACAGGCCAUGAAGACGAAAUGCUGCAACAUGAGUUUGAACAUGAGGUUGAACCAAACGGUGUGCACAAGUAG